AUGAGGAAUGACAACCUGAGUCGUCCCAGGGUCCCCAGUGAGGAGGAUGCUCUGAGGGUCUGGCUCCUAGAGAUUUCUGUAAUUCUGAAACGCUGUAAAUCUCGCUGCUGCAAGGAUGAGGACAUCCUUCCAAGGCCAGCGAUUCUGGGCAGAAGAACAAGUACAUUGCAACCAUGGAUGAUUGCCCUUAUUAUCACAGCCAUUGUGUUGAUUUUGGCAAUAAUUAUCGGUCUCCUUGUUUAUUUUUUGGCAUAUGAUCAGAAACCUCACUAUUACAAGGUCUCCUUCCAGAUUCCCAGUAUUGAUUACAAUCCCAGUUUUUCUAUAGAGCACUCAGACAGUAGAAAUGAAAUGAAACAAAAAAUUGCUGGUGAGAUAGACAAUAUAUUUCAAAAAUCCAGUUUAAAAGAUCAUUAUAUUAAAUCUCAUGCUGUCAACUUCAGGCCAAGCAACGAUGGUUUGAAAACAGAUGUAUUGCUUAUGUUUCAAUUUCCUGCUAACAAUGUGGACUUUAUAAGAAAGCAAGCUGAUGACAUUUUACACCAGAAACUGAAUUCAAAUGAAAGUUUCUUGAAGAUAGAUACUUCAUCCCCUUACCUUGGAGAUAUCAGUGAAGUACAAGCAGAACACAUUCUGAAUAGCUGUUGUGGUAUGGGAAUGGACUAUCCCUCCAUGGAAAGAAUUGCUGAUGGUGAAAUCGCAAAGAAAGCGGAUUGGCCGUGGCAGGCCAGCCUGCAAAUGGACGGUGUCCACUUUUGUGGAGCAUCUUUGAUCAGUGAAGAGUGGCUCAUAACUGCUGCCCACUGCUUUGAUACUUACAAAAAUCCCAAACUAUGGAUGGCUAGUUUUGGAACAACCUUAAGCCCUCCACUGAUGAGAAGAAAUGUGCAAUCAAUUAUUGUUCAUGAAAAUUAUGCUGCCCACAAGCAUGAAGAUGACAUCGCUGUGGUGAAGCUCUCUACUCCCGUUCUAUAUUCCGAAGAAGUACACAGAGUCUGUCUCCCAGAUGCUGCCUUUGAAGUCUUGCCCAAGAAUAAAGUGUUUGUCACCGGAUGGGGAGCAUUAAAAGCAAACGGUCCCUUUCCCAAUGCUCUCCGACAAGUUGAGAUAGAGAUCAUAAGCAAUGAUGUGUGUAAUCAGGUUAAGGUGUAUGGUGGUGCCGUUUCAUCAGGAAUGAUAUGUGCUGGAUUCUUGACAGGAAGGCUAGAUGCUUGUGAGGGUGAUUCCGGAGGACCUCUGGUGAUUGCACGCAACAGAAACAUCUGGUAUCUCAUUGGAAUAGUGAGCUGGGGCAUAGACUGUGGGAAGAAGAACAAACCUGGACUUUACACCAAAGUGACUCAUUAUCGAGACUGGAUCAAAUCUAAAACGAACAUCUAG